AUGAGAGUAUUCAUAGUUCGCCACGCGCAAUCCGAGAACAACGCGUUGCUCUCCCCGAACUUGGACAACCCUUCGAGGCAAUCGGACCCGAGUUUAACCAAGAAAGGGUGGACACAGUGUGCGAAUUUAACGAAAUGUUUCACCACGGAAGCGAAUGAGAGGUAUAAAAACGUGAACGAAAUGUGGACGUCGCCGAUGAAGAGAUGUUUAUUGACCGCGAAAGCAGUCGAAGAUGGGUUGAGGACGGGGAACGCGCGCGUGAAUGGGGAGAUUUUUGAACACGGGGGGUGUUUUGAAGGCGGGAGAGGAGGAGGAGGAGGAGGAAAAGGAGGGGAUGCGAAGACGAGCGCGAACGAGAACAAGACGACGGCGGCCGCGACCGGGCGACCCGGAAUGGGGAGAGACGAGAUGAAACAAGUGUUUCCAGAUGUUAUAGUCCCGGAGGCGUUGAAAAACGGGUGGUGGGAUACGAAGCGAGGGGUGGAGACAGUGCCGGAAGCGCAAGCGAGAGCGGAGAGAGUGGCGGAGUCGUUAUGGAAGCGAGCGAGAGGUAGCGGUGGUUUAAAAGAGAAAGUUGAUGAAGUAGAGAAAGAAGAAGAGGCUCAACAAGCAAAGAAGCGGAAAGUGGACGACGAACCAGAAGUUGGCGAUUUAGUCAUCGUUUCGCACGGGAUGUUUACGGAUAUACUGUUGAAAAUUUUAGUCGGCGUGCCGAAAUCCACGGGGAGACAGAUGGGGUUGUUUUGCUCACAAAACGCGGGGAUUCACGCGAUAGAUUUAGACGUGGCGACGGAAGAGAACAUUUGCGGCUUGGUACAGUUUAACGACGUGAGGCAUAUUCCAGAAGAAGCGCGAACGGGUGGGUCGGUAUUUGGUUUAGAUGAGUGCUACGUGUCUGAAGGAAGCGCGUGA